UUGAGAGGCGAGGGUGGAGGCCAGUGUGAGGCAGGCGGCGGCGGAGCGGUGGCUGCCUCACUCCCUCAUGAUGGCCGCUAAACACAGGAGGUCUGGCGAGGAGGACAGGCAGCCUAAGGCCAAGAAACAUCCUCCUGCUGCUGGCCAGAGGGAGAACUCGGCCAGCAAGCCGGCCAGGCCGGGGCCAGACUCCCGGCCACCUUCUGCGGUAGUGGUCCUAGUGUGUGCAAUUUGCUGUGGGGUUGUGCACAGUGUCCACGUAGCCACCAUGUUCGAGAACGACAGACACUUCUCACACCUCUCCAACCUGGAACGGGAAAUGACCUUCAGAACAGAAAUGGGUCUAUAUUACUCCUAUUACAAGACAUUGGUUAAUGCUGACUCCUUUCUGGUGGGAUUAAAUCGUCUGAUGCACGAUAACUUGACGGAAUAUCCAGAGACCAUCAAUACUCUACAGAGGUUCAAUCUUUAUCCAGAGCUUGUCCUUGGUGGUACAUACCGAAUUUUUAGUGCUGUAACUUCUUGGAUGGGGUUAGAGAUGCGUGUGUGUUGGCAGGUAAGCAGAGGCGGAGGUCUUGCUCCAGUCAUCAGCUGUGAAGGUCUUGGUGACCCAGCAUACUGGUAUCUAGCAGGAGUAUGGGCAAGCGCUGGUCUCACGGCGGCUUUCCUCUUUAUUCAAGGGACUGAACUCAGCGGCGACCUUCUUGGUGGCUUCCUCACAAUAAUUUGUUUCUUUUUUAACCAUGGUGAGGCUACGCGCAUACAGUGGGCACCACCUUUGAGAGAGAGCUUUGCUUUCCCAUGGAGUAUCGCUCUGAAUAUUGCCAUCACUCAUGUUGUGCGUGCUCCACGACCAGUUUGGACCCGUCCGCUGAUACUUGGCGUGCUGACCUUGGCAUACCUCUUGUGCUGGCAGUUUGCUCAGUUCACAGUGGUGGCUGUAGUCGGAAUAAUAUACGUUAUGUAUACAAUAGGUAUUAUUAACCCUUUACCAAUGUUGUUAGUACUUUUGGGCAUAUCUUAUGGUUUUUUGAACAAUGUGGUGCUGCAAUUUGGAAACACAAUGCUCGUUUCGUCACCUUUAGCGGGAUGUCUGCUGGGAGUGUUGCUCUUAUAUCUUUUUAUGGAGCCAAUCAUUCAGCAUUUGCCAUUCCCCACCAACAUGGGUGUCCAGUUAGCAUUCCUAUUUAUUUCCUCUACAGCCUGUAAGCUCGAGUUAUCACGGAUAUUUGGUAUUGAAGAUGAUGCUCAUAUAAUAAACAUUUUGAGAGCCAAAUUUACCAAUUACUCGGAUUUCCAUACACUUCUUUAUACAUGUUCUCCGGAGUUUGCCUUUCUUCCUCAAGAAUCAUUGUAUAAAAUGAAUGAAACAUUGCUUAUACCCUGUGUUUUCCUGGUUGGAGGCUCUGUAUUAGUCAACACCCUAACCAAAAUUAAAAACAACAUGAUACAACGAAUAGAAGAAACGGAAGUGAAAACUUCUCUCUGGUCUGGAAUUGACCCUGGAGUCAUAUUUAAUGGUGCUAUGUUAACUGUGUAUGCUGUGAUGGCAAGUCUUAUAAUGCGCUUGAAACUUUUUCUAACUCCGCAGUUGUGUGUUGUUGCUUCAUUACUUGCUUGCAAGAAGUAUUGGAAAAUAAUAGAACGGAAGGAAAUUCAUGUUGCCAUUUUGGCAGUGCUAGUGAGUGGAAUGUGUGUGCGAGGAUUCAAAAAUAUUAGUGAACAGAGAUCUAUUGUAGGAGAAUACAGCAACCCUGAACUGGAGGAAUUGAUUGAAUGGGUUCAGUCGGAAACGCAUGAAGACGCUGUGUUUGCGGGUCCUAUGUCCACUAUGGCUAAUCUUCUCCUCUCCACUCAGAGACCUAUAGUUAAUCAUCCUCAUUAUGAACACGUUGGCCUCAGAGAAAGGACUAAGAAGGUAUAUGGUAUUUUUAGUCGAAGGUCUGCAGAAAGUGUGUAUGAAACUCUUCUCUCUAUGAAGGUGAACUAUGUGGUACUAGAAGAGUCAUGGUGCAUUCGUAAGAGUCGACCUGGUUGUGGCAUGGUCGACAUUUGGGAUGUCGAGGAGCCACAAAAUAGACAGAAGCCAUCACUCUGUCCACGACUGUUCCAUAGAAGUCCAGCCCCAUUUCACAGAGUCUUUGCCAACGAUGUUUUCGUGGUGCUACAGGUUCCCUCUCGCUAUGUGGAAAUUCCUCCCCCUAAAUAUCAUAGUGCAUAAAAUCAAAAGAUUAGACUAAACCAUAAUUCAUUGCACAUUGUCAUUUUCAUUGUAUCAAGUGUAAAUAGUGUAAUGUGAGAGUAUUAAAGAGGCCAAGUGUUUUGGAUUAAGGUUUGUUGUGAAGAAAUGUGUAUGUUUUUAUAUGUUAGAUUUUUACUAGAACAUUGAAGAGAGGUUGAGUGUGUCAUUUCAUUAUCAUCAAUUUUUUAAUAUAAUAUAUACCAAUCAAAUUCUUGUUAACAUUUUGGUAAUGAUAUUAGGCAUCUGAAAUAAGUAAGUAGGUGCUAAUAUUACAAUAUUUUAUAAUAUAUGUUUUAUUUGAGUACUGUACCUUGAUAAUUUGCAUGGGAUUUACACAUCUGUUAUAUACAUUAAAUAUAUCUUAGAUUUACACAUACUAAAUGCAUUUUAAAAUAAAAUUUAAGUACCAUAAAUAUAAUGUUAUCAAUUGGAUAUUUCUGACUAUAAACAUUGCAGUUAAUUGACAUUUUGUAUGGAGUAUUCUAGUCUGAGUGUGUUAAGUAGUUUCCCUUGUUAUAUGUGGUUGGUUACUUAAUAACUUGAUGGUACGUAUCAUAUGAUGAAUGAUGGAAUGAUUUAUUUUCCUGUUUAUAUACUAACUUCUUUACAAUUAAAUUACAAAUUUGUUUA